AUGAAUUUUACAAAACCACCGUUACCCUUCUUUGGAAAUAAGAGUAGAUGUAAAGAUAUUCUAUUGAGAGAACUUAAGAAACUACCGAAUGGUCUAACAUUUGUAGACUUGUUCGGUGGAAGUUUCUAUAUAUCCCAUUUGUGCCAUACAAUAUUUCCUGACUCAAAGAUUAUAUGCAAUGACUUCGACAACUAUAUGAACCGUCUCAAACAUAUACCAGACACAAACAAAAUAUUGAAAGAGUUAAAAGAAAAGAUACCUAUAGGUAAGAUGGAACGUAUACCAUUAGAUAAGAAAAAUACUGUCAGAGAGGUUUUGAAAAAGGCAGAGUAUAUUGACUGGGAUAGUAUAUCUGCUAGACUAUUAUAUAGUGGUGCUAUAAGAGUUCAUGACAUUGAAACACUUAUGUCAAAAGUUUUAUAUCUUAACUAUACAAAUGUUUUCAAAGAGAACAUAGAAAAA